AUGCGAUUCUUAAAAACCACAUCUGAUAAUACACCAUUAUUAGUUAAUGAACAUGAGACAACAACGUCUCCAAAAAUAUCAUUAUCACAUAGAGAUCAUCAUUCAUCUAUUCAAUGUCAUAACCUACGACAAGAUCAUAUGCCGAAUUCAAUAGAUAAAUCCUUACCAUCUUCAGAAUAUAUUUAUACUGAAAUUGUUAAAGCAAUUGGAAAUAAUGAAUUUAUUCAAGAAAAACGUUUACUUAAACGAGCUAGUUGGAGUCCAGGUAACAAUCAAGAACAUGGUUUACCACCAACUGGAAAAAGUACCGAUAAUGAACAAUUAACAACAAAUAGAAAUUCUCAUCGAAUACGCGUACGACCAAAAGUAUCUAGAUAUUUUCAACCACAAAAUAAUCCAUAUAAUCAUCAAAUGUCUUGUGGAAGACCCGCUUCAUUUAAUGAAGGACAUAAUCGUCAUUCAAUUGAUCAUCAAUCAAGAAAGCAUUCAAAUUCAUCCUUAAAUCAAAAUGAUCGUUUUGCACAUCAACGACGUCAAUCUUCGUCUUCUCUCUCAUCAUCUUCAGCUGAUACAAUAGUACAAACCACAGGACGUAGAUCACCUUCAUAUGAUAGUAGUGAUUUUAUUAGUGAUACAUCAGCUGCAUCAUCAAUAACAACAACAAAUACAAUAACAUCUUUAUCUUCAGCUAUUCCUCCUCACAUAUGUCGGCGAACAAGUCCCAGUAGUGAACGUAUUCAUUCAUCACCAAAACGUCCAUUAUUAAAUGAAUAUCAACAACCAAAUUCAACACAUAUCGAUUACAAAUUUUCCUCACCAGUUAAUUCUGUUCGUUCAACAUCUCCAAUUUCUUUACCUCCAUCUAUUUCUACUUCUACAACUUCUGUUACUUAUCCCAAAGGUCAUGAACAGUCAUUGUCAUCUUCCAAAGGGUCAUCACUAAAUCAAUAUAAAGAGUUUACUUCACAAACAUUAACUGAUGAUACAUCUCGAGACGAUAUUAGUCCUUCAACAACAAUAACGACACGUAGUAUAAUGACUAUGUCAGUGUCACCUAAUCGCCAUCAUAAUCAAACGCGUUCAGCAAAAGCUAUCAUCACAUCAUCAUCAUCAUCUCAAAUAUCCCCAUCAAAAAACGUCACAAUCAUGACAAACAAUAGUGAUGGAUUAAAGCAGCAACAGCAACGAGAUCAAACAGAAUCGGCAAUGGUUUGUAGUAAUGGUUGUUUAAAAUCACCGACAAAUACAAAUAAUAAUAAUCGUAUGAAAAAAUCUGUUCACUUUGACUGGCAUUUGCCUAAAGAAAUUCGGUCACGUUCACCAUCACCGGCCAAUAUAGAUUGUAGUAGUAAUUACCAACAGACGGUUGCAAUUGCAUCUUCAUCUUCAUUGUUCAAUGGUAAUGAAUCGAAUGGCACGAACAAUUCUAAUAAAUACAUAUUAAAACGACAACAAUCACCAUCAAUUGACAAACCUAUGCCAUUAAAUAAUUUACUUGUGAAAACAUCUUCACUUAAUACAAUUAUUAAUCCACAAAUCCCACAGCAAUCAUCAUCAUCAUCAUCAUCAGCAACAUCAACAGCCAAAAAAUUAAUUAGUAAUGGUUUUUUUAAUUUUAUUGGUCGAUCACAUAGCAAUAAUAACAAGUCAUCAAUAUCGACCGAAGAAAAUAAACAAUUACGACGUACAUCGUCCACUCAACUACGUGCUCAACGAAAGACUAAACAACAGACAACAUUAACAACAGGGGCAAACGGAAAUAAACGACUUAGCGCGGAUGUCGAAUCUCUUCUUCCUGUAUCUUCAAUCAAUAGCAAUGAUCGUGAAAUAUCAAAUGAAGAUGCUCAUAUAUUUGACAAGGUUACAACAAAAAAUAAUAAUAAUAAUAAUAAUAAUAAUAAUAGUGAACGACAAUCAUCGAUUUCUCUUGUUUCAACAUCGAUAGACAAGAAUAUCAAUGAUACUAGCUCUUCUAACAACGAAUCAUCUAUCCCACUGUGUACAAACACUAACAUCAAUAAUAGUUCAUUAUCAAUGUCAACGAAUUCUACAACGACAAUUAUUAAAUCGGAUGAAGGUGAUUCAUUAAAUAAUGGUCUUCUUUUUCGACCAGUAACUGAUCCAAAAUGUGAUUAUAUUUUACAUGAUCAUCAAACAAUAAAGAAAGAACCUUUCUUUUUAUCACCAAUAAAAUCAUUAUCUAAUAAUGAUGAUGAAUCUACAAUAAUCCAAACAUCAACACUUAUUAUUUCGACACCAUCACAAUAUCAUUAUUAUUUAUAUCCACCAAUUAAUAAUACAAAUACAUUGUCAUCAUCAUCAUCGUCAUCAUCGUCAUCAUCAUCAUCGAAAAAAAAUUCAAAAUUAAUUUCAAUAACAAAUCGUACAAUAUCAAAUGUUAGUAUCAAUAGUGUUAGUACAAAUUCAUCUUCAUCAUAUCGAUCAUAUGAAUCUCAAAUACAUGAUAAUGAAUAUCCACAAUCAAGUCGUACUCCUCUUAAUGCUGAAGAUGAAACAGCAUCAAAUUCAACUUAUUCAAUAACAAAUAAUAAUAAUAAUAAUAAUAAUAAAAUACGUCAAAAAAAAGUUAUUCAAUCAGCAUUAAUUGAUUGGAAAAUGAAAUCAUCAUCAGAAAUAAAUAAUGAUUCAAUAACUACAACAAAACCUGUUAUAUUAUCUGAUUCUGUACAAGCUUUUUGGCCUCCACCACCUUCACCAUUAACAUUAGAUAAAGAUUCAGGAUUAACAACAAUGACAUCAACAACUACUGAACAAACUAAACAAUCAGAAUCAAUACCCAUACCAAAUAAUAUUAUUAGUUCAAGUUCUCACAAUGAUUCAAUAAAUGUUAAUCAUAUUGAUAUAUUAUCAACGAAAGAAGAAAUUGGAUCUUAUGCCGAACAACAUACAUUUACUAAUGGUUGUCUAAGAAAUGCAAGUGAUACAUCUUUAGAAGAUACACAAGCAUCAUAUACAGAACGUUUACGUGAAAAAUCUCGUUCAAUACCAAUGAAUGCAAAUAAUGAUAUGUAUUCUUAUUUAACACGAUCAAUAUCAAAAGAUGCAUUAAAUGAUUGUCAUUUACAUCCAAAUACACAUUUAAAUAUAACAGAAUUUCCUUUAACAAAUGAAAAUAUUUUAAGACCAAAAUCAGCCGGUCAACAAACUCGUACAACACAUAUAAUAUCAAAACCACAUAUGGAAAAUUCUGAUAAUGAUUUUCAAUCAAAACGAGAUUUUUUUGAAAAUCGUACAUAUACAGAUAAUACAUCAAUAAAUUCUUCUUUAUCAUCAAUCCCAACAAAUGUAUUACCAACAAAACCAAAAAUAUAUACAUUAUCUCCAGCAAAUCCACAAAUUAAUAAUAAUAAUAAUAAUAAUAAUAAUGUUUCACAACAGACGACAACAAUAAAUAAUAAUCCUCAACGUAAUGUAACAAGGUAAAAAUGAUUUCUAUAAAUCUAUUUUUCUUUUCAUAGAAAGAAAAAAAAAGAAAAAGAAAAAGAAAAAGGACAAGGAUAGAUUGUUAU